GUUGACGCCAUUCUUGUGGAAAUCUUCGAUCUUCCCGGUCCUGUAGAGUCGCCAUCUUAAUCGAACGUAGGUAUUUUACUCAUGGAGGAAACUCGUAGUACUGAUGGGGAUAUGAAAUCUGAAGUAAAGCCGGAAAGAAAGAUGUCUGGCUCUGGUGAUCAUGACGACGAGGCUUAUGUUGUUAAACUGCGUGGCUUGCCAUGGUCGACUACGGUCGACGAAAUUUUACAAUUUUUCAAUGAUUGUCGUAUCAAAGACGGCAAGCUUGGAAUACACAUGACAAUGUCCAGGGAAGGGCGCCCGAGUGGUGAGGCAUAUGUGGAGAUGGAAAGUGAUGAGGACAUAGAGAAGGCUUGCAAAAAGGACAGAGAUCACAUUGGACACAGAUAUAUAGAAGUGUUUAAAGUUAAGCGGUCAGAAAUGGAGUGGGUUGUAAAACGCAGUGGACUAAAUUUGGAAAAUGCUAUGGAUGAUGGUUGUGUUAGACUUCGUGGCCUACCAUUUGGCUGUUCUAAGGAGGAAAUAGCUCAGUUUUUCUCAGGGUUGGAGAUAGUACCCAACGGGAUAUCCCUACCGACUGACUUCACGGGAAGGAGUACUGGGGAGGCUUACGUACAGUUUGUUAACAAAGAAGUGGCAGAGAAAGCUCUGCAGAAACACAAGGAUAAAAUAGGACACAGGUACAUAGAAAUAUUCCGCAGCAGCCUUUCUGAAGUGCGUGCCGCUAUUGGCCCAAAAAUGCGUCCUUUAGGACCAGGAGGUUUCAACCAGCGUCCAGCUCCUUACGAUCGUGGUGAUAGAUUUGGUGGCAUAAAUCGCUAUAAUAAUAUGGGUAGAGGAUCUCGGAGUUUCAAAGGUGGUUUUGGUGACUUCGAUGAUGGUCCAAGUCCAUGGGGCAUGAAUUCAUCAUGGGGUGGGAGUGGAGGACCUGGAAUGAGAGGUAACAUGGGUGGUCGUGGUAGCAGUAGCUUCAACAUGAGUAUGAAUUCAGGUGGAUUUGGCAACAUGGGUAUGGGACGCGGAGGACGUUCUGGUGGAGGUGGAAACUGGAAUGGUGGUGGAGGUGGUGGUGGCCACUGUAUACACAUGAGAGGUCUGCCAUUCCGUGCAACACAGGCUGAUAUUGCUGAUUUUUUCAGGCCAGUUGUACCAGUCAAUAUUAGGCUCCUAUACGACAACAGUGGCCGUGCGUCAGGAGAAGCAGAUGUUGAAUUUGCAACACAUGAUGAAGCAUUAAAAGCAAUGUCAAAGGACAAAGGACACAUGCAACAUCGUUACAUUGAACUGUUCCUGAAUUCUUCACCUGGUGGUUCUGGAGGUAUGGGAGGAGGCAACUUCGGAAUGGGAGGAGGUGGAUUUGGAGGUGGCGGAUUUGGCGGAGGUGGUGGUGGCGGAGGUGGUGGUGGUGGAUUUGGAGGAGGCAGAUCAAAGUUUCGUUUUUAAAUACUCUCCACUUCUAUUACAUUGGUUCUCAAUAGAGAAUUUCUCAAAGUUUCACAAGUUGUGAGAGACUUUUAAGGUCAGACACUUCUUUCUGUUAUUGCUACUGUUUUGCUGAGUCAGUGUUCUCUUCAGUGCACUUUGAAGUUUAGUCCACUUCAGUUGUGGUUGAAUUAGUUUGUGCUGUAUAAGUUUAGCUGUAAGCCAGUAAAAUUAGUGGUGCAACACUAGUGUUUGUUACUUUGGCACAAAGAUAAAGUUUGGUACUACACACAACACAAAUUGUUAAAUUGUACAUUCCAUCUGUAAAACAGCCAUAAAUUGAAGUCUGAUAACUGUAAUGUCUUCAGUGUGCUGAGACUGAAUGGUCAGUAGUAGAUACUGUGGAUCUGUAUUAGGGAAACUGACAAUUGAUGUUUGUGUAGUUAAUGUUAAUUACUUUACUCAUAACACUCAGUGAGAAAGUAGAUAAACAAGGAAUUGGAGGCUGGUAACGAUUUACAGUGUAUGUGGCAUGAUUCCUACUAUUGUAGCCAUUGACAUAUUCAGAAGAUCAGACAGGUUGGGUGAGUAUUUCAAACUGGAUCAUAACUACUUCAGAAUUGGCGAAGGCUAUGGAAACAAAAGAAUAAAUAGCAACUUCACAUGUACUGAAGAUACAAUAAAGACUGUUAAAGAUU